AACAUAUUAUGAUGCUAAAAUAAUGUUCACAAUAUAGAAAGAAGAGCUUGCUUAUCAUUUAAGCAUCAUGUUUAAUACAUGCGCCCGCGUUUCUGAUAGAUGGCGGUAAAUGUGAGUGGAAUGUACUGUUUACUGUGGUAAUUCUGAAUAUGCACGUUUUGUUAAUUUAAUAUAAAAAAUGGAAGUGAAGGAAGCUACUAAAAAUAAUGCGGAAACACCAGCAUCUUCCGAGUCCGCUUUGGAGUACAAUUCAUCAGAUGAAGAAUUACGAGAAGCUUAUGCGAAAGGUUUACUGAAACCUGGUCUUAAUGUAGUAGAAGAAAAGAAAAAAGUACACAAAAAUUUCGUCAAUCUUAUGAAAAAAAAGCUACAGAAAAUUAAAUUAAAUUUAUCAUGGAUUGAAAGAUUAGAUAUGGUUAAUGCACUGGCACCUUUAGCACCAGAGUUGGCAUUACAAAUGCAAGAUCAGGAAGUAAGACGUGCAAAUCAGUUGAAGGGAAAUAAAAAUUUACCUCAAUAUAAUCCAGCAGAUGAUCCUGUUUUGAAUGAUUUUCGCAGAGAAACAAUGUUUCACAGACAGGCGCAAGGUGCUGUUAUGGAUGCUAUGAUCCGUUUGAAAAAGCUUGAUAUUCCAACAAUCAGGCCAGAAGAUUAUUUUGCUGAAAUGGCUAAAUCAGAUACACAUAUGCAGAAAGUAAGAGAAAAUUUAUUGAAGAAGCAAACGAUAGCGCAAAGAUCGGAAAAGGUCAGACAACUUAGACAACAAAAGAAAGUAGGAAAGCAGAUGCAAGUAGAAGCAACUUUGAAGAGGCACGCAGAAAAGAGAAAAUUACUAGAAGAAGUGAAGAAGUAUCGUAAAGGUGCAAGGCAAGAUCUUGAUUUCCUAAACGACAAAAAGAAGUCUGAAAAUAAAACAGAUCAGAAGACAGCAGCGAAACGUAAAAUGAGAGAUGCUAAAUAUGGUUUUGGUGGUAAGAAACGUGGUAGCAAGAAAAAUACAAGGACAAGUUCUGCCGAUGUAUCAGAAUACAAGAAACCUACCAAACGAGGGAAAGAUGCGAAGAACAAGGAAGGGAAAUCAAAGCAGAGAUUAGGGAAAAAUCGUAGGGUACAAAUGAAAGCAAAGAAAAGACGACAACAGCGAUAAAUUUCGAACAAUGACGAAUUCGAAUGAUUCAAACAACUAUGCAUUUGUAUAAUAAAAUUUCCUUUUAACGAA